AUGGAUAAGAGUGAUCCUUGUGAUUUCUUCAACGUAUUCCCCGAAAAUUAUGUUUCUAAGAGCUUGCAAGAAUCAUCAUCAUCAUCAUCUGCAAAUAUACUAGUUUCUACUGAAUUAUCCCUUUCUUCUACCUACUCAUCAGUAACCUCCUUCACCAAAACCAGAACGUCUCAAGAUUUUUCCAUCUGCAGAAAUACUAAUGCCAGGAAGACAAAACCACCAAAACCUUCUUACAAUUAUUCCAAUUCAUCAGAGAAAGGAAAAACCAAUCAUGAGAGUGACUAUAUCAGCCAAUAUUCUCCAAGCGGUUGCUCUACCACUUUGAAGCUGUACGAUGACCCAUGGGAGAUCAAGAAAGUCCUGACAGCCAGCGAUCUGGGGAAGCUGAAUAGGCUACUGUUGAGUUCAGAUUCCAUGGCGGGCCUGGUAAACAAUAAUAAUAAUCUUCAUCAUCAUCAUAAUAAUGAUGAGGAGGAGUUACGCAUAAAGGGAAGGGCAGUGAAAGUGUGGGAUGUGGAAACCAAGUCCAUGCACCAGCUGAUUCUGAAGCAAUGGGCUUCCUUCAAGAACUAUGUUCUGAUUGGAAACUGGAAUCAAGAUUUUGUGAAGAGGAGGAAUUUGAAGAAAGGAGAUGAGAUCGGUCUCCAAUGGGAUCCCUACAACUUCUGCUUUAAUUUCUCCGUUCUCAGGCGAUCAUCAAUUACGGGAUAA